ACGAGACCUCAGGCUUGGCAGACAAGACGCUGGCGCGGAAUCAGCGCGGCAGUGAAAGCUUGCAAGUGCAGUUGCAAAGCGUUGACGAAAGCAUAUACAUACAUAUAUGCAUAUGCAAAUUAGAAACAUAAGCAUGUGCAAAUAUUGCGGCGUGCCUGCGAUUGCUCUCAAGGUGAGCUAAGCACCGCGAUGUGUGAAUGCAUGCGUUUGGCCUUCGCAGUGAACACACACGCUUGUUGCACUCACUUUUCAGCACAAAACACACAAGUAGCACGUGCAUGGCAAAACCAGAACAAUUAGAAGAAAUUAAAUUAUAAUUCUAACACCCAAAUUCCAAUUUCAAUCGCCAUCGAUUGAGUUAUUUGAUGCGCUGUUGAGCGCCAGCUGUCACAGCGAAGCGGUAAACAAUAACAGAACAUUUACAUGCAGAUGUCAUUUUCCCACAAAAGCGGAAACAACAACAAAAUAGUUAUUUACUUGCGCACGGCAGCUCUUUGUUUUGCAAACUAUUCGCAAGCAGUUAAUUAAAUUAGAAUAGUAUAUUGUACGAGUACAUUGUUAAUUACACAUAUUGGCAUACCAAAUUGUUUACCUACGUUAGCGGCGUUUGGGUGGCGAUUGUGAGUGGAAUUUAAUGACGUUUGACGCAACUAAUUUUUUACAUUGUUGGCAAUAACAAAAGCCAGCGCACUUGCAUCUGCCAAAACGGUCUGAGAAUAACAGGCGUGGACUGCAGCGACCCGCCAAAUGGGCGACCAGCCAAAUUAUUGGGGAAAACAGAAUAGUUGGGCAAAGAAAUGCAGUGAAACUUGAGCAAAUCAGCAUAAACCGCUAGCGUGCUCUAAUUGACGCGAAAUGGCAAGGCAUGCACUGAAAUGUGUAUGUAGAUAUGUGAAUUUAGUGGCAUGCAACGCUUAGCUGCACGACAAAUAAAACUCGUCAAUGACUAGUAUUUAAUGACUGAAUAGAAAGACAGCGCUGCAUUGUUUAAUAGUUACACAUAACUGCCAAAAAUAAAAGCGAAUCAAAAGAGUACAAGUGCUGCAGAGGAAGAAGUCACUCGUUUGCCGAAUUUAAAAAGAAAGGCGGCGAGCUAGGUUUGCACACAACAGUGUCAUAUCUAUUAAUGUAUGAUUAGUGUAUAUUUUAAUAUAAUAAUGAAACUAUUUUAUAAAUAGUUUGCGUCGACACGUAAAGCAUAUGCCGCAGCUUGCAUCCUGAAACGCCGAAUUCGUGUGCAUUGCCGCAGAAAAAGCGAAAUGUCCAACAGUGCAACAAGCGACAUGACCUACACUCAAUGCGGUCGAUAAUCGCGAACGCCGAAAAAAAGGCAAGUGCGCACAGCUACGAAAGAGGGGGAGAGGGGGCUAUGAAAGCGCAUAGACGAAAACGCACGACAAAAAGUAGCGAAAAUGCGCGAAUUAGGAAACUGUUACACUCCGCUUUGCAACAGAUUUGCUCCACUUGCCACGUCACUGGGGUGGGUGUACGUGCAAAGCAGCACAUCAACGUCAGUGAGGUCGCCGCCCUCGUCACGGCACAAAAACUUGGACGAAGCAGUGGCCCCAAAUGUAUUCCACUGGAAAUGGGACUUGUUUUUCAAUGUACGACUGUUCCAACAGCGUAGUUGGAAGUAAGAUGGCAUGCGCGUAUUCGUGGAAGGCACAACGCAGUGCGUAACCGUUACAGUGGCAAGAGAGACGGCGCACGCUUUCCAGUAUAUGACGAAAUUUUCGUUAUACACAUACAUACAUAUGUAUGUUUCAAGGACAUUACAGCAUAAUACUUCUCAUGGUCAGCUGAUAGCUUAGGAAGCGAAAGAGGUCCUUCGGCAGAAAUUGUUUUGGCAAAACCAUCGCAGCCAAAUUAUAUAUAAUAUGUAGAGCUCUCAGCUGCUUGCCUUUCGAACAGCGUUUACGCGUGGUUGUGAGUAUGCUUAUAUAUCUACAAAAUGUUUAAACUUCAAAAGAGCACAAGAAAAGAGUGCAUGAGAGAAAGAAAGCUGAAGACAUUAACAAUGGUGUGGCGCUGUAGUUGGGAGCGGCGACGUCGUAUGGAAACGCGGCUAAUAAAAAAACAACUUUCACUUCAAAUAUAGAAUCAAAACAGAAACCCAUAAAUGUUAUUCACCUCGACCAGCCACGAAAUAAAACGAAUAAUAUAUUUUACUUUUUUUAUAACUUUUUUUCGAGGCGCUGUAAGUAAGCGCCGCUAGGUGCAGCGACUGCAGGGUUUUUAAAUUGGCUUGAUUAUUUUUAAUUAUGAAAAAUUAUGGUGUUUACAACUACACCCAAUGCUUCCCCACAUCGCUGCACGAGCGCAAUACAGGUCCAAUUUUCUUUUGGUAACAAUUUUAAGGGCCGAAAAUGCCUGAAGCCACAGACACGCAAUGUUUAAUAAUAUAUUAGACAAGGGCCAAUAAUUUGAUGCAAUGGUUAAAGUACUCGGACAAAAAGUGCCACGUAGUCGGUCAAGGUAGCCGCCUCCUUGAGUACCUGCAAAUAGCAGUUGUGUUGGUUAGCUCGUGUACCGAAACGCUAAAACAAGAUUAUUACCAAAAAAAUCAGUAAACUCAAAACGACACUGAUUUUAAAAUUUAGUUCAACUUUUUCCUGCAGAAAGUGCAGUCCUUGGUAAAGCCAUUUAAGCUAAACACUGUGAUAGCUGUGCUUAGUUAUCGCCAUCAUGACCGAGGAGCUUGUGUUGAAAACACCUUCGAGGCAUUCACCAAAAACGUUAUGUUUCCACGGUGCUUGGGCUUGGAUCAUACAAAUAUUCCUUAUCGCAUUCCUCAUUGUUGCCAUAUUGUAUAUUUUGCGCAAAAUCAAACAAGGUCCAUACUACCGCAAGCGCAAUCGCAUCGACGACAAGGUCGUCAUUAUCACUGGCUGCAAUGGUGGUAUUGGCAAAGAGAUCGCGCUGGAGCUUGCGCGGCGUGGCGCCCGCAUUUAUAUGGCCUGCCCCGAUGCUGCGAGUUGCGAGGUCACCCGACUGGAUAUUAUUGACCGCACUGGCAAUCAGCAAAUCUACAACCGCACCCUGGAUCUGGCUUCUUUGGAGUCGGUGCGUCAAUUUGCAGCGCGUUUCAACGCGGAAGAACAACGACUGGACAUUUUAGUAAACAACGCAGGUGUUAUGACUAUACGACGCGCACUCACCGCCGACGGUUUUGAGUGCCACUUUGGGGUCAACCAUUUAGGACAUUUCUUACUCACUAAUCUACUGCUUGAACGUCUGAAGGCAGCCGCGCCGAGUCGUGUGGUCGUAAUGAGCUCCUUCAUGCAUCUCUUCGGACGUAUUAACAAAGACGACUUGAACAGUGAGCUGCGUUAUGCGAAGAUCUUCGGCUCUUAUAGUAACAGUAAGUUAGCAAACAUACUCUUCUCGCGAAAGUUGGCGAAAAUAUUGGACGGUACUAGCGUAACAGUGAAUUCUUGCAACCCCGGAAUGGUGUAUAGCAAAUUAAUGUUGAACGACCAAAAACCAGCUUGGAUGUGGUAUAUGAUCUACAAGCUUUACGGACUAGUCGCUCGCCCACCCCGAGCAGGUGCACAAACCGCGCUACGUCUAGCGCUUGAUCCGAGCUUGGAACGUUCGACAGGCGGCUACUACUCUUACUACAUACGAUGGCCGCUACCACCGUGGGCCACCGACAAAAAGAUGGCUGACUGGUUGUGGCGUGAGAGCGAACGGUUGGUUGGGUUAAGCAGAACCGAACGCAUCGAGACAAUCGCAGUAUGAGACCAGGUUAAGGCAGAUGUAUGUAGUUUGGAUUUGUGUCUAACUGCCCACGACUUUGUUCAUUUAAUGGUGUAUUGAGUUGAAAGUAAAUUAUGGUAAUACAGGUAUUGAAAAAUUAAAAAAUUCCAUUUAUAAUCAGCAGAUCCAAAAAUAUAUAUGAACGAUAAAAAAAUAAUAUCCUACCCAUAUUUCGAAUUUAUAAUGUUUUCCAUGUUCUUUUAGCGAAUAUUCAAAUUUAAGUGUUAAUUACAUAUGUAUGUACCUAUAUGGCAAGUGAAAAAACAACAAAGGCAAAUAUCAACUUGGUUUCGCUGUGGUCUAUGUAUGUUUGUAUGUAUAUACUUAUGCCGGGCUCGGAGUGUGCCACAGCCGCUGAGAGCUAGAGCGCUUACAGCCAAAUACAAAACUGGUAUUCGACUGUUCAUGCUCGUAUCACUCCAUCUUCGCUGUGAGAGGCCCGCGACCAAACCUUAGUUGUUGCCGGCUGGUGGUAGUAGUAGGCUGUGUAUUAGCCUGGUUAUUAAAAGAAAGUCACAAAAUUACUACGCAGCGAAGCGAAAUUCGAAAGCAACUGCUGAAAUUCGAACAUACUUCGACUAAGUGGUGCAGUGCUCAUGAUGGAAGUUGGUGGAUGGCAGUUAGUUGUCUGUAAAGGUGUCUAAAAGAAAGUUGCAUUCCACUGAAUAUGCCGGAUGAAGUAGCCCGCCCUUUGGAAGACGUGGAAAAAUCAUUGUGCUUUCGUGGUCCAUGGGCCUGGCUGGUACUCAUCCUUGUCUGUUGCAUCGGUAUAGCCUUGAUCAUGUGGCUGCUACGCAAGUGCGUACAGGGGCCAUUUUACUGCAAGAAGACACGCAUCGACGGUAAAGUAGUGAUUGUGACAGGUUGUAAUACGGGCAUAGGUAAGGAGACUGCCAUGGAGCUGGCACGCAGAGGUGGACGCAUUUACAUGGCUUGUCGCGAUGCUGCGCGUUGUGAGGCCGCACGCUUAGAAAUCAUUGAACGCACACAAAAUCAAAACGUCUUCAAUCGCACACUGGACUUGGCCUCAUUGUCGUCGGUGCGCCAAUUUUCCGAACGUUUUCUAGCAGAGGAAGAACGUCUGGAUAUUCUUAUAAAUAAUGCCGGCAUAAUGGCCACACCACGAAAGCUUACCGUCGACGGCUUCGAACAGCAGUUUGGUGUGAAUCACUUGGGUCACUUCUUGUUAACAAAUUUACUGUUAGAACGCCUAAAGUCUAGCGCACCCAGUCGCAUUGUAGUGGUAAGUUCAGCGGCCUACAUCUGCGGACGCAUCAACAAAGACGAUUUGAAUAGUGAUAAGCACUAUUCGAAAUUCCUGGGCGCCUACUGCCAAAGCAAGUUGGCCAAUAUUCUGUUCACACGAAAGUUGGCAGAAAUGCUUAGGAAUACCGGCGUAACCGUCAACUGCGUUCAUCCCGGUAUAGUGCGCACUGAAUUGGGUCGCUAUAGCAUUUCUACGCACUGGUUCAAUGCAAUUUGGUUGCGCAUAUUUGGCUGCUUCGUCAAAACGCCUAAAGCCGGUGCGCAGACAACAUUGCGUGUAGCAUUGGAUCCGGCGCUAGAGAAGUGCAGUGGUGACUUCUACGCAGACUCGACAAGCUUGCCUUUGCUGCCGAAAGCCAAAGACAAAGAGAUGGCGGAAUGGUUAUGGAAAGAGAGCGAAAAGUUAGUCGGCUUACAGGGCACAACGAAUGCGGUGCAAACAAUAGUGGUGGAUCAAUGAAGCGGCGUCCUAGCAAGGUAGCGCACUAUUACACUGCUUCAAUAUGUAUCACAGCUGUUCAGUUCUUGAUGGUAUUUACUUAAUUUUUAAGCCUCUGCACAUAAAUGUUUACACAUAUUACACAUUUAAACCUUUUAUAAAACAACAAAAAUACCGAGAGUGAUAAAAUUUGUUAAAA